CUUUCUUAUUGCAUGCAACUACUUCCGUUUGCGCUUUAUGUAAAAACAGACUGUAUAGGGGCAGCUCUUUUCAGUAGCGGUCGUCUCUUUUUUUAUUCCGCGCAAUAUGAAUGUGUCAAUAACAGCGCUUGAUUGGGUCUAUUUAACAGAGAGACGUUGACAGGUAGUACUCCGGUCUCUCUUAAACAUGGCCACCAUGAUGGAGUAAAUGCUACAACUUUAAAUUUCAGAUUUUUGAGGAAAACUAUUUUUUUCUCUUCUCUACAAGGAAUGUUUCGUCCGAAUAUACCUUACCAAACAUCACAUCUAUAUGAAAGCUUUGGAAUGUCAUCAGAGGACAAGAGUCUGGAGCCCUCUGACCAAGGACAGUCUCCUCCCCUGAGCAGUGCUGAGGCCACGCCCAUUGGGGCCACGCCCUCGGGGAGUCCAGCCCCCAGUGACCGUCGUCCCCGAGGCCGGCCUCGUAAGGAUGCGGGCUCUGCCAUUCAUGGGCCCAGACCCAAAAGGAAGUCGCGCAGUCGAGGUCGGGCGCAGGCAGAUGAUGAGGACAGCAUGGAUGGCAGUGAGCCUGCAGACACAGAGCCUCUUCAGGACAUGGAAAUGGCGGAACUGGAUCUGGAGGAGGAGGAGCCGCUCCGGCCGCUGCUCUAUUGCCCCGGCGACCUGCAGCCUCUCUCGCCGCUCUUCCAGCGUUCCGUGUCCGAGGACUCGGCUGGCUCGUCGGCCUCGGCCUCCGACAACGCCAAGACCAGUGAGAGGUUGUGUGCCUUCUGCUACUGUGGGGAGAGGAGUGUGCUGGGCCAGGGCGAUCUGAAGCUGUUCGGCCCAACGCCGGGGUACGUGCCGCUGCACAUCCGCAACCGGCACGGCAGCUCCGAGAAGGACGAUGACUACCAUGACGACGACAAUGAUUCUGAUGACAACGACCACAGCCAGAGCCCUGGCCAGCGCGAGAGUGGUCUUAAGAAGAUCAGCUCGCCAGACAGUGGCCUGCACUCGUCCUCGGCACCAGGCAGCUCUGACCCAUUUGGAGAGGAGCCGACGCGGCGGCCCUGGGACGAGCUAGGACAGAUCGGUCUCCCUGAUGACAUCAACGUCCAGUCACUCUUCGACCCCACUGGCCAGUGUUGUGCCCACCUGCGCUGUGCAGCCUGGUCGGAUGGUGUGUGUCGCACGGAAGGUCAGGUGCUGCUGUACGUGGACAAAGCAAUAGACUCAGGGAGCACAGAGUUCUGUGCAUACUGUAAGCGCCUUGGAGCAUCCAUUAAGUGCUGUGAGGGCGGCUGCUGCCGCUCCUACCAUUUCCCCUGUGCUGCCGCUGCCGGCACCUUCCAGGACUGCAAGAGAUACACGCUGCUCUGUCCCGAUCACCUUGAACAGGCCCUGCACAGAUGUGACUCUCUCUCACCCUUUCAUGACCAGCUCUUCUUCAGCACGCAUGGCACUACACGGGCCUGCCUCGAGGUGGCCGCUACGCCCCUCAAGCGCGCCGGCUGGCAGUGCCCUGAUUGCAAGGUCUGCCUGGCCUGCAGGAACCCAGGGGAUGACAACAAGAUGCUGGUGUGCGACAUGUGCGACAAAGGCUAUCACACAUACUGCUUGCAGCCCGUCAUGGACUCCAUUCCCACGGGUGGCUGGAGGUGUCAGAAUUGUCGUGUGUGUGCGCAGUGUGGCACUCGAGCCAACGGCCAGUGGUCAUCCGCCGGGCCGCUCUGUGACGAUUGCCAACGGCAACCGGACCCAGCUCAUCCCUGCCCCCUCUGUGGGAGGAGCCUGGCUGCUGAAGCCCCUAAGGACCUGCUUACCUGCCACACCUGCAAGAGAUGGGUCCACCUAGAGUGUGAACGGCAGGGGAAGGAGGCCGACUGGGACCCGCGCUCGCAGGGCGGCUUCCUCUGCUCCGUCUGCAGGCAGGGCGAAGUGGAGGGCAGCCAGACACAGGGCAGCACCCCGCGCCACCCUCUCUCCCCCCUACCCAGCGACCCCAACGCCUCAGAUGUCUUCAUGGCUGUGGAGGAGGAUGAGGAAAAGGUGGAGCUGGAGACAGAGGAGCAAGUAGCCACAAAGACUGAGCAAGAGGAGGCUGAGGAGGUCCAGGAGGAGCAGAAGGCUGAGCCACAACUGCCUGUAGAGGAGACUGAGGAGGAGGAGGAGGAGAAAGCGGUAGUGGUCGAGGAAGAGAAACAGGAGGAGGAGAAACAGGAAGAGGAGAUGCAGGAGAAACAGGAUGAGAAGAAGCAGGAGGAGGAGGCGAAGGAAGAGGAGAAGAUGGAGGAAGGGAAGGAGGAGAAGGAGAUGGAGCAGGAGAAAGAGGUGGCAAACAUCACAGAACAGCCAAAGGAGAAGGAGGAGCUGACCACAGAGGACUCUCAGCAGGGCAUAGAUGAGUCAACAAUCACAGAGGAGUCGACGGGUACAGAGGAGUGGACGGCCAUAAAGGAGUCGACGGUGGGCACAGAGGAGUCGACGGCGGGCACAGAGGAGUCGACGGCGGGCACAGAGGAGUCGACGGCGGGCACAGAGGAGUCGACGGCGGGCACAGAGGAGUCGACGGCGGGCACAGAGGAGUCGACGGCGGACACAGAGGAGUCGACGGCGGGCACAGAGGAGUCGACGGUCACAGAAGAGUCGGCAGUCACAGAAGAGCAGGUGGAGCAGGAGGAGAAGGCUGAAGAGCAGCUGGCAGCAAAGAUGGGAGGGAGUGGAAGAGGAAGAGGAGAAGGAGGAGGUGCAGGACGUCACACUGAGCAGGAGGCUAGUGCCAGCCCCACACCAGAUGACCUGCAAGAGGAGAAGAAAGAGUCUCCAUCAGCUGAACCUGCUCAAGAGAUCCAGGUGACGGUGACGCUGACUGAGGGGGCCGAGUCCCCCCAGCACUCCUCGUCCCUCGGAGUGUCGUCGCUCUCGCAGGACCCCACUUCUCCGGAAAACUCCCCUCAAGACCCCGAGGUCCCCGACGCCAUGGAGACAGAGAAGGAGGUGGCCGAACUAGUGCCUGAAAUAGCGGCGGAGAGGGAGGGCGAGGUGGAGGGCGAGCCACAAAGCACAGAAAGUCCUGUAAAAGAGAACCUCCAGUCGCCCAGUAAGGAGGUGUCCUCUCCUGAGCCAGUCGUAGCCGCUGAGGACGAAUCCAUGGAGGUGUGUCCCUCAGAACCAUCGGUCACCAAUGGUGACCCGAUCAGAGAGAUUGUUCCAGAACCAUCGCCUGAAGUUCAGAAUGUGGUCAGCGACCAACCCGAGGAAAAAAUGGCCGAAGACAAUCAGGUGGAGGAGGUGGAGGAGGCCGAGGACGAGGUGGUGGCUGCAGCGGUGGCAGUGGAAGAGGAGGAGAGAGAGAUGGAGGACAAGCAGGAGCUGCUGAGCGUGCUGCCUGACCUGGACUCCGUCCCCUUCCAGGAUGCGGACACUGGCUGCGUGGCAGACGCGGACGUAGAUGGCGACGUGGACAUGGACACCACGCCGGUCAGCGAGCACGGCUUCUCGGGCUUCGGCUCGCCGCCCGGCGACGACAAGAGCCUCAAGUUCUCCCCGGGCUUCUCGUCGGAAGGGUCCUCUCGGCUAGCCCGCUCGCCCUUCUCUACUGAGGCCUCCCCCAGGGAAGGCUCCCUGACCCCGGCCCACUGCACGCCCACGCAGCCCCCCCCAACCACCACGUUCAUUCCCCUCACCCCCAAAAUCGGCAUGGGCAAGCCGGCCAUCUCCAAGAGGAAGUUCUCACCGGGCAGACCAAGAGUGAAACAGCUGUCAGAAUCUCAAAUUAAAGCUGGCACCGCACCGUCCUCUCUCGUCCUCACCGUCCCGGCAUCAAAAUUGGAGCAUGGAGGCAAUCAGAAGGCCCGAGGCUUCCCCCCUCCUGGUCCCCCUCGGUAUGGGAGGCGGGACGGGCCCAGGACCCGGCUUCUCCAGGGCACGCCCGUCUGGACCGUGAGAGUGGGCCGAGGUUCAGGGUUCCCUGGCAGGCGGCGGCCCAGGGGGGCCAACCUGUCUGGCCGAGGGGGCCGAGGACGCUCAAGACUCAAGGCCGACAGCAUCCCUCCAAUCAUCCCUGGGAUCACUAAGGUGGUGCUGAGUAAAGGCUGGCGCUGUUUAGAGUGCACAGUGUGCGAGGCAUGUGGACAGGCGACCGAUCCCGGGCGUCUGUUGCUAUGCGAUGACUGUGACAUCAGCUACCACACCUACUGCCUGGACCCGCCCCUACAGAAUGUGCCCAAAGGCAGCUGGAAGUGCAAGUGGUAUGAAAUAUCCAUACACACACACACACACACACACACACACACACACACACACACACACACACACACACACAUUAUGUUUGCAAAGCAUAUGGCAUAUAAUACACUUAUUCUGGCAUUCCUGAUCUUGCACUUUAGUGUGGUAGCUAAGGUGCACACAGUCUUGAGGGACCACGGCGGUGGGCGUGCUGUGGUGGCAAUUAAACUACUGCGCGAGAUCGCGACCCCUCGCGCCAGCCUGUGGCAGGUGCCCGGUUAUGGCGUCGCGGCUACCCAUGAGGAGACGACCUCAUUCUGCAGUGCCGCCUCUGUGACAGCCUGCCUUGGCGUCAGGCCAAGAGUGCCAAAAGGCGUGUAUGCUGGGGCCGGUGUGUGUCUGGCCCAGUCGGGCCUGGAACCAGCUGCGAGGCUCUCUGCCCCGGCACCACGGCGACGCCGGCCCAAACCCAAACUCAAGCUCAAGAUCAUCAACCAGAACAGCGUGGCCGUGCUCCAGACCCCACCGGACCCCAUGUCCGAGCUGUCCCGCGACGGGGACCUGUACGACAGCCGAGAGGGCGACCUGCUUUUGGACUGCGAAGGCAAGUCUGACUCCAGCCCCGAGCGAGAGCCUGCUGAGGUUGACGUCAAGGGGGAGGAAGGCACCGACGGCAACAAGAAGAGGAAGAGGAAGCCAUAUCGGCCAGGUAUUGGUGGGUUUAUGGUCCGUCAGAGGAGUCGAACCGGCCAAGGCAAAGGCAAACGAUCCCUGAGCAGGAAGGACUCGUCUGGCUCGCUCAACGACAAUCCUGUGGGGAAAGAGGAGGGCUGGAAUGAACCCGACACCCCCGUGGACGAGACGGCGCCCCCUACAGAGGCCCUGGAGAAGAAAAAGAAAUACAGGAGGAAGAAGACGCAGCUGGAGGAGGCCUUCCCCUCCUAUCUCCAGGAAGCCUUCUUUGGGAAGGAACUGCUGGACAAGAGCAAGCAGAGCAGGCAGGCCCUGGAGCCCGGACUUCUGAUCCAUGACCACGGGGCCAUCCUCGCCGAGACCAAACCCCCCAGUGCCAUUAGUCGCUUCCUGGACCCCUCCUGUGACCCGCUGCUCAGCGCCACGGCAACCGGGAGCAGCAGCACCACCGCCACGCCGGGCUCCACCAAGACCCGCACACUGCCCCAGGCAGGGGAGGAUCCGCUAGCGGACCUGGUGCUGGGUUCUGAUGACGACCUGCUGGGGAUGCUCUCAGACAACCUGGGCAAGCCAGGCCAGGAUACAGGUCUUGAUUUCUGCCCUUUCCAGGUUGACCGCUCUUCCUCUCCGUUCGCUGGUCUGGACAUCGGGGGUCUCUCGGAACACCCUUCGGUCACUGCCCACCCCUCGGGCCCCGCACGUGGCUCACGCCCCUUACAGGAGGAGCCUCUGGACGCCAUCCUGAGCCCCGAACUGGACAAGAUGGUGACGGACGGUGCAAUCCUCAGCAAGCUCUACAAAAUUCCAGAGCUGGAGGGGAAGGACGUGGAGGAUCUCUUCACCGCUGUGCUGAGCCCCAGCACCAGCCAGCCUCCGCCUCUCCCCCACCCUCCCACAGCCAACCCCAUCCCUAGUGCCCCGGGCACAGGAAUGCCUCUGCAGAACUCAGACAGCGGAAUGUUUCCCCGCAUGCCCAUGAUGAACGGCAUGAUGGGACCCAAUCCCGUCUUCCCGCAGACUCCCAUGCUGCCCGGCGCACCAGGACCCUGUGGCCAGGGCGGCUUCUCCUCCCUCCACCGGGUGCCCUUCCCCGACAUACGGGAGAAAAACUUUGGCCAGAUGGGGGGAGACAUGGCCGGUCCAUGGCCCCCUGCGGUCCCUGGCUCAGUCCCAGGCCCCAUGGCCCCCCCGGAGCCCGAAGCCGACACCAUGUCCAACGCGCAGAGGAGCACGCUGAAGUGGGAGAAGGAGGAGACCCUGGGGGAGAUGGCCACCGUGGCCCCGGUCCUCUACACCAACAUCAACUUUCCCAACUUACCAGAGGAGUUUCCAGACUGGGCCACUCGAGUCAAACAGAUUGCGAAGCUUUGGAGGAAGGCGAGUUCCCAGGAGAGGCAGCCCUAUGUGCAAAAGGCUCGAGACAACCGGGCAGCACUCCGCAUAAACAAAGUCCAGCUGUCCAAUGACACCCUGAAGAGACAGCAGCAGCAGGUGCCGGACCCCUUUGACCCCAGCGUCCCCUUGGAAACCGAGGCCAUCUUCAAAGACCCGCUCAAGCACAAGGAGUCGGAGCAUGAGCAGGAGUGGAAGUUCCGACAGCAAAUGAGACAAAAGAGCAAACAGCAAGCCAAGAUCGAAGCCACUCAAAAGCUGGAGCAAGUUAAAAAUGAGCAACAGCAGCUGCAGCAGCAGCAGCAACAACAACAGCAGCAACAGCAGCAGCAGAAUUUUCCCAGCGGUGGUCAGUCUGGUGGCGACACCCCCACCAGUGGCAACCAGAGCCCCAGGACCCCCCAGCCCAGCGGCGGGGGCAAUGCCUCCCCCCUGCAGCCCAAAGAUGGUGGCUUUGCACGGCCGCAGCUGCCUGGCACGCCCACCUCGGCGUCGGAUGACGUGUUCCUGCGGCCACAGCUCCCACCGCCAUCCGCCUCUUCCGCCUCCAAGACGCCCACUCAGGAGGGAGCCUACCCCCAGGGCCCAGCCUCCCAGCCCCAGUCUCCUCAGCAGAUGUUCUCCCCUGGCGGCUCGUCGACGGGCUCCCGGCCCUCCUCGCCCUGGGACCCCUACGGCAAGAUGGUGGGGACACCUCGGCCGCCCACGUCGGGCUCCACCACCCCACGCCGGGGCUCAGAUGCGCAGGAGAGGGGCCGCCCGUGCCCGUCCCCGGCCUACGAGGGCUUCGGCUCGCCCACGUCAGCUCCGGACCCCUACGCCAAGCCCCCGGACACCCCAAGACCCGCCGACCCGUUUGUGAAGCCCAUGGGUCCCCCUAGGAUGAUGAGCGGGAUGGGGGGUGAUCCCCAGCAGCAGCAGCCUCAGCAGGGCCAGGGCAGGCACAUGAUGGGGCCCAUGGCGUCUGGAGAUUCGUUCGGCAGGCCCAAUCAGAGGGCAGAGGCGUACCAGCGCAUGGCCCACAGCCGCAUGGUCCUUUCUGACCCGUACGCGCGUCCACUGCUCGCUCCCAUCCCUGGCAGCAACGAGUCGGGCUCCGUACCUCUCUUCAAGGCCCCCAUGCCCCCAGGACAGCAUCAACAGGAGGCCUUUGGCUCCAUGCCCCCUCAAGGGCUUCGCAGGGGGCCUAUAGACCCGUACGAGAGGCCGCCUCUGACCCCCAGGCCAGCAGAUGGCUUUCAGCAGGGUCAGCAGCCAGACCCAUACGCCCAUCAGCCCCUGACGCCUCACCCGUCCAUGGGAGCUGAUGGCUACGGCAACGAGCCUCGAAUGAUGCGCCAGCAGCCGGGUGGGCAUUUCCCCAUGCCCAGGCACCCCCACAGCAAUCCUUACGCACAGGCACCCUCCACCCCCAGACCUGACUACUCGCAGCAGAUGCCUGACCCCUACGCACAACCACCGGGCACCCCUAGGCCCUCACCGGACCCUUAUGCCCAACCACCGGGCACCCCUAGGCCAGUGGACCCUUAUGCCCAGCCACCGGGCACCCCAAGGCCCUCUGCGGACAUGUACGCCAUGCCUCCAUCCACUCCCCGACCGCCCCCCUUGGAUCAGUUCUCACAGCCUCAGCCGAUGAGCCGCAGGCAGUCCCCCUCUCACGCCAUGGACCCGUAUGCCCAGAUGCCUGGCACACCUCGACCUUUGCCGGGAGAGAGGUACCCCAAAUCCCCUGGAGCUCAGAGAAGCGCAGACCCCUACGCCCAACCACCAGGGACCCCCAGACCGCAAAGCAAGCCAGACCUGUACGAUCAACCGCCCGGCACGCCCAGGCCGGUUCUCUCUAGCCCAGACGCCUUCUCUAGACCUGGGUCCAGACCAGGCUCUAUGCCCCAUCCUGGCGAGCCGUUCUCCCAUCAGGCUCAGGGGAGGAUGCAGGAUGCGUUUGGCAGACCCCAUGGAUCACAGACCCCUAAGCACUCAGGAAUGUCUGACGAUGGCUUCUCGUUGCCUCAGACUCCUCACCCUAGCCAGACUCCGGUCCACGAUCCGUGCGAACAGGCUCCCAUGACCCCUUGCCCUCAGGCAGGAGACCGACCAGUCCAAGGUGUUCCACAGUCACCCGGUGCCGCAGAUGUCAUGCAGCCCCCAAUGGGCGACUCUGAAGACAAGACAAAACGCCAGUUACUACGUCAGCUGAUCCUGAGGCAGCAGCAGAGGAAAGUCCAGCAGGAAUUGCCCACCAACGCUGCUGUCCCUGCCAUGGCCAGUGCGCCCGGAACCCCCCGCCACUGGUCACAGGAAGACUCCUCAGCGCAGCCAGACUUCUUUGGCAGACCCCCUCCUCCGUACCCAGGCACCAUGAGGGGACCCCCCAGGUUCCCGGGUCAGUUUGUGGGGGAGCAGCGAGGGCCGUUUCCCCACGACGGUCAGAUGCCCCGGCCGCCAUUCUCCAGAGAGAUGGUCGCCAUGGGAAUGAGGCCGCAGGGCCAGAGGUUUGGAUUUCCUCAAGGGGCACCAGGACAGGAGCAGUUAAUGAGGCCCCCACAUCAGAUGCCAGGUGGGCACAUGGCUCCUGAGAACAUGCCCCCUCAGAUGCGCCGCUCCCUCUCCAUCGACCUUGCCCGGCCCAUGGGGGGCAACGCCCAGAUGGGGCUUCCCCAGCACUUCCCCCCGCGGGCGCUCCCCAUGCAGCAGCACAACAUCAUGGGCCAGCCCUUCAUCGAGCUCCGGCACCGGGCCCCCGAGAACCGCAUGAGGCUCCCCUUCCGGCCCCUCGGCCCCAUGGACCACCCCAACCAGCCAGGCCAAAGGCCCCCCCAAGGCUUCAUGCCUGGCCAGGAGAUGGGCUUUGUCGGGCCCCAAGGCCAGAGAAUGAUUGAUCCCAUGCUGGGGCAACCUCAGCAAGGAGCACCAGGCCCCAUGCAGAUGGGAGCUAACAUGGAGGCCAUGCAGCAGCAGCAGCACCAACAACAUCAUCAUCAGCAGCAGCAGCAGCAGCAGCAGCAUCAUCAUCAUCAGCAGGCUAACAUGCAAAUGAAUGCUGGCCAGCAACAUCCAACGCUCAGCAGGUCCAUGAGUCAGCCGAUCCAGAGCGAGACACUCCACAACACGCCCCAGCCAGCUCUCCUCCCAGCGGCUACUCAGCCAGAGGAGCUGCCCCUGCCCACUGCAGAGGGCAUCGAGGAGAAGCUCGACGCGGACGACUCUGCAGUGAAGGACCUAGAGGACGUGGAGGUGAAGGACUUAGUGGACGAUGACCUGGAGACCCUCAACCUCGACGGCGAGGAUGGCCUCCACCUGGACGACUUCCUGACGUCGGGGAAGUUUGACCUCAUCGCCUACGCCGACCCGGAACUCGACCUCGAGGACAAGAAGGACAUGUUCAACGAGGAGCUGGAUCUGGCCGAUCCUAUGGAAGAUGACCACGGAGAGGCUUUAGACAUUCAGAAAGCCUUGUCUGAGAAAAGAAACACCCACCAAGACGGAGCAGCUGCAACAGCGUCGUUGUCUCAGCCGGCAGGCAAAGCGGACAACCUCCAGAUGUCCGAUCAGGUCAAGAAAGAAGACUGUGCCCCGAGAGAAGGCAUGGUGUACGGUGGCAAGACCAUUAAGACCGAAGUCAAACCAUGUCCAGUGAGCAGUCAUGACCCUAGCAGUAUGUGCGGACCUCCCAUGAACACCAGUGGAAUCUCAGGGGAUCACACUGGCCUGUUUGGAGCGUCAGCUCAGCCUUCGUCUGACCCACUGUCCGGUUCCGCUCCAGUUCUCUCCAGUCUGCUCAUCAAAGAGAAGUUGGAGGACUCCGGGCUUGGCGCUGCGGCCGCCUCCCCUCACCAAACCACCCACGGGCAAGGCCUGCAGCAGGUCAUGUCCAUGAUGCCGGGUCAAGCGCUAGACCACGGCAUGAACCCCGCCAUGGGUUUGGGCCACAGGAUGGAUCCCUCCCUGGACCAGGGAGCCCCGCUGACCAACCCAAACAUGAUGCAGCCUGCCAACCCCAAGCUGCCGGUCCCUGGGUUCGGGGGCCCCUCCACGGGGCAGCAGGUGGACCUGAACAUGCCCAUGAUGGGGGGCCAGCUACCUGCUGGACCUCACGGUCUGGGCAGGCAGACCCAGCAGGGGAUGUUCCCUCUCGCAGGAAUGGGCCAGCAGCAGCAGAAGGCACCACCUCCAGGAUCUGCUCCUGUGUCACAGCUAUCACAAUCACAGCUACAAAACAGGCCGCUGCUCCUGGAAGAGCAGCCACUCCUGCUGCAGGACCUGCUGGACCAGGAGAGGCAGGAGCAGCAGCAGCAGAGGCAGAUGCAGGCCAUGAUCCGCCAGCGCUCCGACACCUUCUUCCCCAACGUCGACUUUGAUGCCAUCACAGAUCCCAUCAUGAAAGCUAAGAUGGUGGCACUGCAAGGCAUCAAUAAGGUUAUGGCCCAGAACCCAUUGGCCAUGGGCCCCAUGGUGAUGAACAGGAUCCAGCAAAUCCCAGGAGCACACGUUCCAGAAGCUGCUGCUGCUGCUGCAGGAGCUCCACACUUAUUCGGACAGGACGGGAAACUGGCCACGCAGUUGGCAAGACCUAAUCCUCCAAAUUUCGGCCCCGGAUUUGUCAACGAUACGCAGAGGAAGCAGUACGAGGAGUGGCUGCAGGACACCCAGCAGCUGCUGCAGAUGCAGCAGAAGUUCCUGGAGGAGCAGAUCGGCUCCCACCGCAAAUCCAAGAAGGCGCUGUCGGCCAAGCAGCGCACGGCCAAGAAGGCCGGCCGCGAGUUCCCCGAGGAGGACGCCGAGCAGCUCAAGCACGUGACCGAGCAGCAGAGCAUGGUGCAGAAGCAGCUGGAACAGAUCCGCAAACAGCAGAAAGAGCAUGCCGAGCUCAUCGAGGAGUACCGAGUCAAGCAGCAGCAGCACAACCUCCAGCACCCUAUGAUGCCUCCCAUGCCAGUUAUGCCACCCCAGGCCCCUGGCAUGAUGCCAGGCCAAGGCCCCGGACCGGGACCAAUGAAUCAGCCUAUGAUGGGCCCCAUGAUGGGGAUGCAGCCCCACCCUGGCCAGCCUAACCCUCCCCAGCGCAUGCCCAUCAUGCCCAAUAUGCCCAACAUGCCAGGCUGGCACCCCGGCCCUGGAGGACCCAUGGGUGUGGGCGGAGGCCCUCGGUUGCCGGCUCUCAUGCCGCCCCAGAUGCCCCCUGCCAACCCCGCCCAGCAAGUUCCCCCUCAGCAGCCCCCUGCGCCCCCCAUGGUGCCAGGCGCGGCCAAGCCCACUCCGAUGGCCACAGCAGGCAUGGCCGCCAGCGGAGGAUCCGCCGGUGCUGGAGGUGCCGCUGCCGCUGGCGGUCCAUCCCCUCACGUGAAGUUUGACGACAACAACCCGUUCAGCGAGGGCUUCCAAGAGCGGGAGCGUCGCGAGCGUCUCCGCGAGCAGCAGGAGCGCCAGCGGGUGCAGCUCAUGCAGGAGGUGGAGCGCCAGCGUGCCCUGCAGAAGCAGAUGGACAUGGGCAUGGGCGCUGCAGACGCCUCGUCUGCCGCGCCGGUGUCCACGCCCGCCCCUGGACCCAGAGACGCCAACCUGGCACAGAUGCCCUUCUACAACAGCGAGCUGCCACAGGACUUCCUGCAGCCUACUCGGCCCACUCAACAACAGCAGCAGAUGCAACAGCAACAAAUGGGGGCCAUGUUUACGCAGCCCCAGCAGGCUGGCAUGGACUUCAUCGGUGCCCCUGGCCAGGGUUUCAUGCAGGGCAACCAGCAGAGGCCUGGAACAGGCAAUGGAGGCUUCAGCCCAGACAUGGGCCCUAAUUUUCGGGGGAAGAGCCCCAUGAUGGCCGGGCACGGCUUCCCACAGGGCCAGCCCCAACGGCCCACAGGGUUUGCCGGACCCCCCGGCAGCGGCCACCCACAGCAGGCUCCCGGCGGAGACGGCUUGGCGUUCGGGAUGGACUCUCCCUCGACGCCGCUGCCCCCGAACUACCCCGGUUCGGGCCAGUCGCUCAUCCAGCUGUACUCCAACAUCAUCCCGGAGGAGAAGGGCAAGAAGAAGCGCAGCCGCAAGAAGAAGAGCGCCAAGGACGACGACGCCGACUCGGUCCGCACGCCGUCCACCCCGCACUCGGACAUCACCGCUCCGCUCACCCCCCGCACCCCCUCCACUCCAACCCGCGCCUCCUCCACGCUGGCCGGGGAGCCCGACCUGUCCACCGACACCUUCGCCGGCCUGGCCCCCGCCUCUGAGCUGGAGCGCCAGCUCUCGUCUGUGGGGGGAGGCCACGGCGGUCCCUCCCUGCUGAGCCGUCAGUGCAGCGGGGGCUCCAUGGAGGCAGCCGACAGGCAGCACCCAGGACAGCUGCACGAGGUGAAACUGGAGAAAAUAGAGGCCAGCGAGUGCCACGGACCUCCAGACCUCCACAGGAUAGUCAAACAGGAAGCGGGUCAGGAACUUACCUUGCCCAACCUGGGAGGAAGUGACGCCUCGGGCAAUGAGCUGCUCAAGCACCUGCUGAAGAACAAGAGCACCCCUCCUCCUUCCCAGGGCCCUCUGCAACACCAGACCUCUCUGGACAGCCUGCGCUCAGAAGACGACAUGCCCAACGACAGCAAGAGCAUGCUCAAAAUGGUGUCCAGGCUGAGGCCUUCAUCAUAUCAACAUCCUCUCUGUGUUCUGUGCCUUGGGACUCAUUAUCUAGCACAUGGAGAUGACCGUUUUCCUCUUACGGGAGCUCAGACGGUGAAGCCCGAGCUUCUGGAAGCUUCCGGGCCGGAGCAGGGCAAACGCAAGCAGCAGCGCUACAAGCGCGGGCCCAAGACAGGAAUGGAGAAGCCGCCGUCCCGCUACAAGAAGAGGAAGAAAGAGGAAGAGGAACGCCAAAUAGCCUACUCCAACACCGACUCGCUUAUGAGCCAGCUCAAACAGCAGUUGACCAUGCUUCCCCUCAUGGAGCCUCUGAUCGGCGUGAACUUUGCUCUUCCACCCCUCGGCAGCAGUGGGCAGCUGAACGGGGAGAACCGCCUGUCCGGCUCCUUCGGCAGCGCCACGCUGGACGGCGUCUCGGACUACUACUCACAGCUGGUCUACAAGCAGAGCAACCUGAGCAAUCCCCCCACGCCCCCAGCCUCACUGCCCCCAACCCCACCCCCAGUGGCUCGGCAGAAGAUGGUCAACGGCUUUGCUACAGCUGAGGAGCUGGCCAGGAAAGCAGCGGUCAUGGUGCCCAAGUCCCUGGGUCCUAAACCCUUGCCCACCCCGUACCACCCUGAGGAUGACCUGCUGGCUCAGACCAUCUCCCAGGGGCCCAAGACGGUGGACGUGCCUGCCUCGCUGCCCACCCCACCCCACAACAACCAGGAGGAGCUCAGGUGGGCACCACAGACCUAUAGGGGUCUGGGCGCCAGAACGGGGCAGGAACACUGUUCGGACAGGGACACCCCUGACAGCUUUGUGCCGUCCUCGUCUCCCGAGAGCGUGGUCGGCAUGGAGAUCAGCCGCUACCCAGACCUGUCGCGUGUCAAGCUGGAGCCGCCCUCACCGGCCACCUCACCUCUCCUGCCCAUGCUGCCACCUGCCAGUGGGAAAGGUUCAGAAAUCAGGAAGUGGGAGGUGAAGACGGAACCUACCGGCCCUUUCUUUGGCUCCUCCUUUGGCCUUCCAUCUUCAUGUUCCAAAAGUGACCUGGUGUCCAUUGCCAUCACCCUCAACUCUGCCGCAGCCGAUAAUGUUCCGGGGGUGGUGGCGGCAGUGGCCAACCUGUUGCGCGUGCCCAUCCCCAACACCUACGACGAGAACCGCAUCCCAGAGAGGAGCUCGCUGGCUCUGCUCGCCGGGGUGAAGGUACCCCCCUCUCAGGGCGCGCUCUUCUCCCAGCAGCACCUCCACAGACCCCCAGCUCCCCCCGGCCCCCCGGGGAUGAUCCAGGGGCCUCCACUGACCCUCGGACGCCUACCCAGCACUGGUAAGACCUACUCGCAAGCAGGCUCAACAGGGAGACAUGACUAUCAGAUGGGAAAUUCCAGCGCUAGCCCUGGACCCAAGGCCCAGUGGUGCUGCCACUGCAAGGUGGUGGUCCUGGGAAAUGGAGUCCGCAAGUCCACCAAAGACCUGCCUUGUGCCAAACUGGAGGGUCAGGUCAAGUUGGAGGGCACCCUGGUGUUCUGCAGUCACAGCUGCUUCCUGCUCUACUCUGCCGCCCUGCAGGCCAAGAUCUCCAACAGCAAGCCGUCUGUGGCAAUGCCGUCUGAUGCCAGCUCGGUGAUGGGCAGCCCGUCCAAGGUGCUGCACGCCUACAGCAACAACAUGUCCUCCCUGGACGUGCAUUGCCUGGCCCAGCUUCAGCCCAAGCAGUCUUCUCCAUCCUCCCCACCCAUCCACUUCCCCACGCUGUCUCCUGCCGAUGGGUCCACUUCUGGCACCGCCGCUGACCGACUGGAGCCCAAGUCCGACCCAGCGUUCAAGUUCACGGUCAAGCUGAAGCCACGUCCGCGAGCCGUCCACCUCGAGGAUGGCUCGUUGGUGGCGGGGGUGGGUCCGAGGGGCCACACGCCGGCCAAGCGAUGGAAGGGCCACCGCUGGCGCAAGUGGAGCGUCCAGAUCCUGGUGGCGCGGAGCAGGGGCGUCCCGCCCCUGCCGGGGAAAGGCGGGCGUCUGGAGGACGAGAAGCGGCUGCCCGCCGAAGGCCCCGGGGCGUCGUGGCUGCGCCCGGAGCCGAUGCCGCGCGACCACCGCCGCUGCUGUCUGUGCCAGCGCCGCGGCGACGGCGAGACGGACGGUCCGGCGCGCCUCCUCAACCUGGACCUGGACGUGUGGGUGCACCUGAACUGCGCGCUGUGGUCCAGCGAGGUGUACGAGACGCAGGCGGGCGCGCUCAUCAACGUGGAGCUGGCCCUCCGCCGCGGCCUGGCCCUGCGCUGCGCCCACUGCCAGCAGACGGGCGCCACCAGCGGCUGCCACCGCCUGCGCUGCGCCAACGCCUACCACUUCACCUGCGCCCUGGAGGCCCACUGCGUCUUCUUCAAGGACAAGACCAUGCUGUGCCACGUGCACCGGCCGCGCGGCACCGAGCGAGGAGGCUCGGCCGGCGGGAUGGGCGGAGGCGCGGGCGGCGCGAUGGUCCCGGGGAUGGACCAGGAGCUGCACUGCUUCGCCGUCUUCCGCCGCGUCUACGUGCAGCGCGACGAGGUGCGCCAGCUGGCCAGCAUCGUGCGGCGCGGCGAGCGCAACAGCACAUUCCGCGUGGGCAGCCUGGUGUUCCACGCCGUGGGUCAGCUGCUGCCCGGUCAGAUGCAGGCCUUCCACGCGCCGGGCGCCAUCUACCCAGUGGGCUACGAGGCCAGCCGCCUCUACUGGAGCAUGCGGCAGGCCCACCGCCGCUGCCGCUACGUCUGCGCGGUGGACGAGCGCGACGGCCUGCCCGAGUUCAGCAUCCGCGUGGUGGAGCAGGGCUACGAGGAUCUGGUGCUCACCGACACCACACCCAAAGGCGUGUGGGAUCAGGUCCUGGGGCCCAUGGCCGAGUGCCGUAACGAGACCGGCAUGCUGAAGCUCUUCCCCGUCUACCUGAAGGGCGAGGACCUCUUCGGCCUCACCGUCUCAUCUGUCACCCGCAUCAUCGAGUCGCUCCCGGGAGUGGAGGCGUGUGAGCGCUACACGUUCCGCUACGGCCGCAACCCCCUAAUGGAGCUGCCCCUGGCUAUCAACCCCUCUGGCUGUGCUCGUUCUGAACCUAAGGCAUGCACUCAUGUCAAGAGGUUUGUGUUAAGGCCUCACACCCUGACCAGUGGCAGCGCUGCCAAGACCCUGCAGAGCGGUUCAGACCCGGUGCAGAUGGGCGCCCCCUACAGCAAGCAGUUUGUCCACAGCAAGUCCUCCCAGUACCGCCGCAUGAAAGCCGAGUGGAAGAGCAACGUCUACCUGGCCCGCUCUCGCAUCCAGGGUCUGGGCCUGUACGCGGCGCGGGACCUCGAGAAGUACACCAUGGUGAUCGAGUACAUCGGCACCCUCAUCCGCAAUGAGGUGGCCAACCGCAAGGAGAAGAUGUAUGAGGACCAGAAUCGUGGUGUCUACAUGUUCCGCAUUGAUAGCGAGCACGUAAUUGAUGCAACCAUCACAGGAGGGCCAGCCAGAUACAUCAACCACUCCUGUGCUCCGAAUUGCAUCGCAGAGGUCGUGACCUUGGAGCGAGGCCACAAGAUCAUCAUCAGCUCCAACCGUCGAAUCCAACGAGGAGAGGAGCUGUGUUACGACUACAAGUUUGACCUGGAGGACGACCAGCACAAGAUUCCCUGUCACUGUGGAGCCGUCAACUGCCGCAAGUGGAUGAAUUAAAGGCCAUCAUGGGGGCAGAGGCCUCGGCCAGCGGCCUCCAAUACAUGCAUUCCUACUUCUUGUUUUGGAUCCGUUUUUUUCUCUUUGUAUUGUUAUUAUUUCUGUUAUUAUUUUUUCUCUCCCUUGGCCCUUUUGUGAAAAGGGAGCAUUGUGUGACACCUACACGACUAUCAGGGCAAAGAUACUGACCGCAGAACUGUACAAGGUCCAAGGUGGGACAGGGGUCAGGGUGGGAAUGAGGGGGGUUGGGGUUAAAGCUUAUUUGGCAAAUGUCAAAAGCAUUCUUAGGCACAAAGACAAUUUUCUUUUCUGGAGGAAGGUUAUAGGGUGUUAAAGGGGUCAACUUCAGGUCCUUUCACAUACACAAACUGGGUGGAGCCCUGGUAGAUGUUAAUGAAUGUGCUCCCACCCCCCCUUAAGGAAAAUAAUGAGGCUAUGCUGGGGAGUGUGGUUGCAGUGAGUGGGGAUGUCGGGAGGGGAGCGAGUGUGGUUUCGGGAAUGUUGGAGGUUACUCACCAGCUGACCAGCGGGUCAGAGAGUAGUGUGCUGGCCGCAGCCUUAUUAUAGUACUAAAGAGGCGGGAUCCUCUGCACUCAGAAAUAUAAAAAACAAGAUAUAUACAGAAAUCUAGUUACAGAAAUGUAGACACCACUGAACAAGGAAUGUACGGAGGGGGGAAUUCCUUUGGGAUGGAACUAAGGGAAAACAAAACUUGCACUAAAAGAAAAAAACAACAAAAAACAUUUACAGUUGAAAUACUUGAUUCCAUGAGUCAGUUUAUUUGUGUCUUUUUUUUGUUGUUGAUUUCUGUAAAAUAAGAGGUCUUUUGUAUUUAUUGAAUGAAACUAUUUUUUAAAAUGCGCAGAAUGAGAAAAAGUGUGUAGGCAUGGCUUCUUUUGCCUACAAGUGUGGUGGGAUGUGCUACUUUAUAUCACAUGUAAAUAUUGUCUAAAAUGUCUAAAUAUAUGAAAAAAUGGAAAUCACACAAAAAAUGUUGAAAAAAAUCGACCAAAUGCUACCUUGUUUUCAUGUUUUUUUUUUUGUUUUGUUUUUUUUUGUCAGGUAAAACAGAAAAGGAGAACUAUUUAAGAAGGAUGUCAUAAUAUCAUUUGAGAUUCUAUGUUGUGUAUAAAUCUGUACAGAAUGUGUAAAAACACAAAUCAAAGUAUUUUUGUUGUACUUAAGAAUGUAGUAUGGAUCUGGAGUAAAAAUGUUUUUUUUUGAAGAAUAACUGCUUGUUUCAUGCAUCAUUACACGCAAUCAGAUUACACCAAUCACAAGAGAGAAUGUGAGAAAGUUUUGUUUAUUUUUUUGGGGUUGCAGAAAUUUUGAAUAACUGUGAACUAUAUUUUGUCCUCCCAAGACCCCAAACAAAGACAAUGUCCAACUCCAGAGCUAGUUGGCUCGAAUGUUUCUUUCCAUAAUAAUAAUAAAAAAAACAUUAAUGUCUAUUAAAAAUGAAAAGAUGUAAAAUAUUUUUGUUUAUUUUCUAUUUACAUUUGCUUUGGCGGAGAUAUGCUGUUUGUGUCAAUGAACUGAGCAGAAAGACAUAGUAUGAUUUUUUUGUUUGGAGUUUUGAACUCAUGCUCUUAGGAUCUGGUACUGGGGCUAACCAGUAUGAUAUGAAGUCAGUUUUCUAUGGUCUGCAUAUCAUCUGUGGACUACAAACAUUGAUACUCGCACAGUCUUGAACUUGUAACAUACUUUCGCAUGGUGUAUUUUUUAAACUUUCAAAAGAAAUCAAUUGUACAUACUUUCUCUGGUUGUAAUGAAUUUUUUGCCUCUUGGGAAUUUUUUUCUCUCUCCCUACUUGUACAAUAUUCAGACAUCUUAACAGUAUUUGUCUUUUUUUCUUUAUUAUGUACAGUAGUACCUAAUGUUUCAAAAUGAAGCCUUUUUUGAAUUAUACAGUGUGAUGGAUUUUGGAGUUUGUGGAAUCAGAUUUAGGAACAUUUACAAAAAAAAUAAAUAUUUUACAUCUUA